CAUAAAAGAGACGGAAGAAGAAAAAGGGAGGAGGUCAGAUCCAUGAGGGAAUACAACGGGUUGGUUGAUUGACCAGAAAUGUGAAAUAUUGUGUGUACUUUUGUUACGUGACCACAUUUUCUUACAUAUUUUUAACUUUAAUUUUGAUCUCUUUUAUAAUUUUAUUAUUGCAUAGCCAAUUAAAUUAUUUUAAACUACACUCGUAUAUAAAUCAAUAAUACAUAUAAGAUCAUCUUCUUUAUUACAUUGUGAUUCCUUAAACAUAAAAUAAAAAAUAAUAAUGACAAGUUAUUGACUACUCCUAAUUUCCUUCGUUAUCUUAACAUCUCAACCCACACCACGCCAAAUCCUUCAUUAAUAACUCUUAUAAUCAAUCUCAACUCACAAAGGGAGUGGCAUGAUAUGCCUUACCUUAACCACUUUCAUCGCACCCUCUUUCUAUUUGCCUUAUUAUUACUCACCCUUCCAUACACAACAACAGCCCAACCAUCACCAACUUCAGACAACUACGACUCACCUUUACCCAUCAAUGCCAUCAUCAUCAUCAUCGUCGUCGUCUCCUUCGGUGUCCUCACUUGCUGCGUCCGUCCAUUCAUCUCUUGCUUCAGCGCCUACAUCUACGGUGGCACUCAAGAAGGCGGCGAAGGCGACGAUGGUGGAAUACGGAGGAGGGAAAAUCCCCGUGGACUUGACCCUUCUAUAACAGCGGAUUUUCCUACAUUUUUAUUUUCCGAUGUUAAAGUCCACUUGAUUAGUAAAACGACGCCGUUAGAGUGCGCAAUAUGUUUAAACGAGUUCGUUGACCAUGAACAUUUGAGGUUGUUACCUAGAUGUAGCCACGUGUUUCAUCCUCAUUGCAUUUCACCUUGGCUUGCAUCCAACCUCACUUGUCCUGUUUGUAGGGCAAAUUUGGAAAUUCAAGUUGACCGUCCAAAUUCUCCUAAGUCGUUAGCGCAAGUACUCCUACAACCGUACGAGGAUGAAUUGGACACGUCCUCGGAUCAAGUUUCGCAACCUCCUCGUGGUGACGAUCAAGGGGAUGACGUGAUCGUUCAUGUAGGAUCAUCUCCAGAGGUUAUAUUAAAAAGUCCAACACUAGACACAAUUAAUGGUGUGGGUGAACGUAGGGGAUUUUUCCCUAGGUCACAUUCGACGGGUCGUUCAUUGGUUGAAGAUCGUGAGAAGUAUACGUUAAGGUUACCUGACGAGUUACGUAACAAGUUAAGGAAUAUAAAUAAUUUAAGUGGUCUACCCCCUGCAAUGGUUAGUCCACGGACCGGGUACCGGUCUAGGAGGAGUAAUAGUUGUGCUACAAUACCAGGUAAACCGGACCAAUGGCGGUUUACUAUGAGUCCGCCUUUUAUUUCCCGGUCAGGAUCUACCGGGAUGGCAGAAGGUAGCAAUAGCAAUAACAAUAAUAAUUUAGGGGUGAUCAUGAGAAGUCCUCGGAGUUUUUUUAAAUCAAUGAAAUCACCAAAGAAAUCACCAUUGAACCGUAUUGUUCGAUGUGAUGACAUAGGUGAACGGUCAUCGGAUAGAUUAUGGUGCAAUCCUACGUCGCAAGAAAUCGAAUUAGAUCAUCAUUAGUUGUUUAAUUUGGUCAAUGAACUUUGAGUAUUAUUGUAAUUUUUGGAUUGUGACUGGUUGGGCGGUUGAAAUUUUGUUUAUGACAUUUUUUUUUUUAAAUGUAUAUGAGUAUGAUUUUUGUAAUGAUGAUUGAUGAAUAUAUGAAGGGGUAUUACAUAUAGUAAAACAGGUAUAGCAACAAGGUCUAACUCAUUUUUUAUUUAUUUAUAAAAUUAAUAAUUUGAGUGUCAAAUUACAUACUAAUUCGAAUUGUGGCCAUUGUAUUAAAUUAAAUCGUAGCCAUUUAUUUCUAUUGACUAAUGUGAACCGUUGAUAUGAUUUACUUUUUAUCUUUUUACUUUAUUUUAAAAAAAAAUUAUCACGUUCUUAUCAGUUUUCUGUUUUAGUUUCUUCUUUGUUAAUUCAGUUUUUUUUUUUCCCUUUACUUCUCUUCAAUCUUUCUUCUUUGUUUUCCUUAUUUUAAAAUGGAUACAUAUUGCAAAAAAAUCCAAGCAACUCUAUUUGAAUAUCUGACCUAAUGCCAUAGCAUAGCACUAUGCGCAAAAAACACAUAUAAUGAAAUACAGAUGGAACUUGGCAAUUGCCAAUAUCU